AGCUACUGAGGAUUAUCUUGACCUAAUACUUUAUACAGGGUUAGGUAAAAAGGAAGUAGAACUCACACUACUUGCAAAAAUCACUGAUUUUCUAGUAGCGGAGAAAAUAAUAAUAAUGAUAACACUAACUGACACGCUUUUAAUAACUGAUGGAAUGACCAUAGGGAAUAAUUAA